AAAGCAUUAUUUUUAUUUGAAACUUUAGUGCUAUAAAAUCCAUAUUUUGUAUUUAGUUAAUUCAAAUUUUUAAAAGAUUCAAAGAGGCCCGUUAUAAUGCCAAAGCAUAUUUUGAAAGAACUUGCUCAGUGCAAGCACCCACAGAGUCGAAAAACGUUGGCUUUAGUGAGAAAAAUAAAAAAAAUCAACCAUCGCGAAAAGAAAAAAGUUAAUCAUGCCAGCAAAGCGAAUAUUAUCGGGAAAAAGUUGGGUUGGUUCGCUGAACGAGUGGAAGACAAGAGUGAACCUCUGAAAAGUUCUGAAUAUUUACAGUUAAUCGAACUGUACCUUUCUCGUUUCAACGAGGAAUUAGAUCAAAUUAAGCUGGUACAAUCUAUUAACAAACAGCGUAAUAAUCAAUACGCAUCUCGCGAGGCAGCCAUCAGAAUAACCCUUGAGAAGGAGGUUGGUGGCUUCAAUGGUGGUGGUAUAGAAUUACCGGAUCUCUGUAACGAGGAAGAAUUUCGACAAUUUCAGCGAUGGGAUGGAAAUGCUCAAACGAUUCAACACCUGCGAUUGCAUUUUAUUUCUCGUAAAAGCCUUAUGGCACGAAGCACAAAUGAUACCAGUCAAUAAACAACUUAUUUUAUCUCAUCAUCAGGCCGUUGUUUCUUUUCUGGUGGUUCCUCUGAAGGCGU